UUGGGUGGGGAUGAUGGGAGUGGUGAGGUUUGCACGGAGUUAUUUUUAAAAAUUAGAACUCCAGGGUUAGUCAAGAGAAUAUACUGCAGUGGUAUAUAUAGGUCGUCACACUCCAGUACAGUAGGUGGCGGUGUAUGCACUUGUCAGUUGAUUGCGAUUUGCCAAUAAAACUUAAAGAUGAAGAAGGGCAACGCAACUACUGUAGUACAUUUUGUGUUGGCCUGCUUACUUUCUAUAUCCUGGAAACUGUAGUUAGACUGUUUUUUUCUCCCAUAUGUAAGACAUAGGCUACACUGUAGCCAAUAUGUUUCUGUCUGUAGAGUGACCAGUUUAGAUUGUUGUAGCAUAUGGUUAUGCAGUGAAACCAUAUUCAACUAAAUCUAAAGACGUUGGACGUUUUUUUAUUUUUAAUCUUUCGACUUUACAUAAGGCGUCUGAAACAAUGAACGUGUGUUUCGUAUUGUGUGUGCUGAGCACCGUGGUAGUUUCUUGUUCCGGAGAAUAUAGUCGCUUCGAGGAGUCAUUUAACUAUUCCCCGGGAAUGAUGCAAGUCCUCCGGGAGACGCUCAAGGAUUUGUCCCAGGAGGCGCACAGUUACCUGGUCCACCUUGUUGGGGCGCGGUCUGUUGAAACUGCACAGAAGUGUUUCUUUCGGUUGGUCAAGUAUCUGGCUGCGGUAGCGGCCAGUGGCGCGAAUGUGGUUAUGAAGUACCUCACCCAGUUCCUGAGGGCAGCAGGAGUUGAUGUUCAAAUGCCUGUUAACAGUAUCACCCCAGAUGCUGUGGUCUAUAUCGGUCAGUGGCUUCUGCUGGCUCUCAUUGGCUACUGGCUGUUGUCCCUGGCCUUCCGCUUGGUGGCAUCCACUUUGAGGCGGGUCCUGUGGCUACUGAAGCUGGGUGUGGUUUUAGGACUGUUUGGCCUGAUCCUAAGUGACCGCAGCGCUGAAACCGAGACUACGGCGCUGCGAUUGGCCGGCCUGGUGAGCGUCUGCGUCCUACUGGGUAUAGGGCAUUCUGGCACCGGCGGAGACAAAACCGACCUGGAGGAUCAAGUGAGGGUGCUAGAGAGACAAGUGAGAGAAAUGGAGAUGAGGAGGAGUGAGGGAUGGAUGGAUAGGAAUUGAAAGGCCUUGUUUUGAACAUAAUCUAGGUCUAGGAUCGUAAUCACGACAUUGUACAUAACGUUUUGUUUGCAAAUGUUUUGGUAUCGUUUUGCAUAAUAAAGCAUUUGCCUUUUUUCUUAAA